GGGCGGGGCGGCGCCGAGGGGAGCGAGAGUCUUGCCGACCUGUGUGGGGUGUGUGCGCAGCGUUUGCGGUUCCCCCUUCCAACCACAGUCCCCACACCUCAGCCCCCGCGCCUCCGCCCGCUUAUCCGUGUCUGAGCAGGCCCGGCCCGGCCGGAAGCGACAUCGAGAACCUGGCGCAGCCGCCGCCACCGCCGCCGCCGCCGUCGCGGGCCCAGACGGCGCCAGGGCCAGUGAAGGUGGGCGCCGUACCCAACCGCCGUCUGGGCAGCGUCCGCGGCGUGCCAGGGUCGUCGCCUCCGGGGCGCCGGGCCCGCCCGUGGUUCCCCGGAAUCAGCUGCACGUCCGCUGAGGCCCGCGAGGAGCUACGGCGCCGCCUCCUGGGCCUCAUUGAGGACAACCGAGUGAUGAUCUUCAGCAAGAGUUACUGUCCGCACAGCACGCGGGUUAAAGAACUCUUUUCUUCUUUGGGAGUUGAAUAUAAUAUCUUGGAACUUGAUCAAGUUGAUGAUGGGGCCAGUGUUCAAGAAGUGCUGUCAGAGAUCACUAAUCAGAUAACUGUACCCAAUGUUUUUGUGAAUAAAGUACAUAUGGGUGGAUGUGAUCGAACUUUCCAGGCACAUCAGAGUGGUUUAUUACAGAAGCUUCUUCAGAAAGAGUCAGCAUAUGAUUAUGACCUCAUUGUCAUUGGUGGCGGUUCUGGUGGCCUUGCAUGUGCUCAGGAAGCUGCCAUUUUGGGAAAGAAAGUUAUGGUGCUAGACUUUGUGGUCCCAUCACCUCAGGGCACAUCCUGGGGUCUUGGCGGUACAUGUGUAAAUGUAGGCUGUGUUCCUAAGAAACUGAUGCAUCAAGCUGCCCUUUUGGGGCAGGCAUUAAGUGACUCAAGGAAAUUUGGCUGGGAAUAUAAUCAACAAGCGAAGCACAACUGGGAGACCAUGACAGAAGCGAUUCAGAACCACAUCGGCUCUCUCAAUUGGAGCUACAGGGUGUCUUUGAGGGAGAAGGCUGUGGCCUAUGUAAAUUCCUAUGGAGAAUUUGUCGAACAUCAUAAAAUAAAGGCAACCAAUAGAAAAGGACAGGAAACUUGUUAUACUGCUGCAAAAUUUGUCAUAGCAACAGGUGAAAGGCCACGGUAUUUAGGAAUCCAAGGAGACAAAGAAUACUGUAUUACUAGUGAUGACCUUUUUUCUCUGCCUUAUUGCCCUGGCAAAACGUUAGUAGUUGGUGCAUCUUAUGUGGCUCUGGAAUGUGCAGGAUUUCUUGCUGGCAUUGGCUUAGAUGUCACAGUUAUGGUGCGUUCAGUGCUUCUUCGUGGAUUUGAUCAAGAAAUGGCAGAGAAAGUGGGUUCCUACAUGGAACAACAUGGUAUUAAGUUCUUAAGAAAAUUUAUACCAGUGAUGGUUCAACAGUUGGAGAAAGGUCUACCUGGAAAGCUGAAAGUGGUGGCUAAAUCCACUGAAGGACCAGAAACUAUGGAAGGAGUAUAUAACACAGUUUUGUUAGCAAUUGGUCGUGACUCCUGUACAAGGAAAAUAGGCUUGGAGAAGAUCGGUGUCAAAAUCAAUGAGAAGACUGGCAAGAUACCAGUAAACGAUGUGGAACAGACCAAUGUGCCCUAUGUUUAUGCUGUCGGGGAUGUUCUGGAGGGUAAACUUGAACUCACUCCUGUCGCCAUUCAGGCGGGCAAGCUGUUGGCUCGAAGACUUUUUGGGGAUCAUUUAGAAAAGUGUGAUUAUAUUAAUGUUCCAACUACAGUGUUUACUCCUCUGGAAUACGGCUGCUGUGGAUUAUCGGAAGAGAAAGCUAUUGAAGUAUAUAAAAAAGAGAAUCUGGAAGUAUAUCAUACUUUUUUUUGGCCUCUUGAGUGGACAGUAGCUGGCAGAGACAACAAUACUUGCUACGCAAAGAUAAUUUGCAAUAAAUUUAACAAUAAUCGGGUGAUAGGAUUUCAUAUUCUUGGACCGAAUGCCGGUGAGGUUACCCAAGGAUUUGCAGUUGCAAUGAAAUGUGGGCUCACGAAGCAGCUACUUGAUGACACUAUUGGAAUUCACCCCACAUGUGGUGAGGUAUUCACCACUUUGGAAAUCACAAAGUCAUCGGGAUUAGACAUCUCCCAGAAAGGUUGCUGAGGCUAGACCUGCUGCUGUCCAGUCUCCCUUAUCUAUUCCUAUUUCUUUCAAAGAUAAGAACGCUCUUGGAUAGUGAGUCUGUGCUCAGGGCACCUGUUCUGUUGCAUAGGGCCCAGUGCAGGGCUUUCUUCACAAACACAUGAGCACGUAGACAAGGAGACAGGUGGCAGCGGUCAUCUACUCAGCAGUCUCAGCUGACUGGGACAGGCAGUUACACUGCUUACUUGACGUCUUAGCUCAGAACCCCAAGUGAGGUGAGCUAAGAUUGACACUCUGCCCACUCAGAACUGAGCUUCCCUCUGAAAGACCUUUUAAUCGCACAACUAAUCUAACUUUUCUGGUUGCUAAUGUUUUUAUCCCCUUGCUUCCUUGUUUCUAUGAAAAUAAUUUCUCAGUUAUGAAACUGAAAUAGCAGUCUUCCAGUGUGUGGACAUGGGAUUCACAUGUGGUCACUGGUGAGUGGUAUCUGUGGAAAUGCCCUCGAGUGGCUGGCUGCAGAGGACUGGGGUGCAUUAGGAGACAGGUGCACACACUGAAUAGAGUUUAGUUAGCUGUUUUCUCCUUUGAGUCCAUUUUUACCCACCGUCAGAAACCUGCCUCCUGCUUCACCUUCUCCUGGUUUCCUGAUGGUGCCCACCUUGGAGUUGUUCUCCUCUUCGUGUCUUCAGACUGAGCAGAAUAUCUCAUGUCAGAGAGAGCUCGAUUUUUUUUUAUUCAUGUUGAUCUUAAGAAUAAUAUUAAAAUGUUUUCAAUACUGUAUUAUGUGAACUCUAAUUUAAAACUUUAAAAUGACUCAGUCCACAAACUUCUAAAGUCAAGUUCAGUAAAUAGGUGAUUCAAUAAAUAGGAGAUUCCAUUUGAAUUUACAAAUCUGUCAGCAUCUAACAGGUCCUUGCAGUGAGAGGCCUAUCCAACGUUCUUGGAAAAUUAUUUUCUUGAGAAACACAGCACACAGUCCAACUCAAGGCUUUUUUAGAUUGCACUUGCUCUCUUGACUAGUACACUAGCCAUUAGCCCACUGCCAUAAGAUUGGAGAGUUCUAUGGUCAGAAUUUCUAAGCAUAUUUGUUAAGAGAAAAAUUUGAAGCCAGUAAACAAUUAGGGAACUCCAUCUGUAUAUGGAAAAUUUUGCUGCUCGCUCUGGAGGCAGGAAGUGGAGUGGGGAUGGGGACCCAAAGAUAAUUGACAUAGGAUCCCAUUAUUGAGUUGCUGUUUUACUGGGUUGUUGUACUUUUACUGAAAAAAGUACAAAUGUAACUGUCAAAAAAAGUCAAGCAGGAGUAGCAAUUGCUAUAACUGAGGUAGAAACAAUGCAGUGGGAAACAGGAAAAUGUUACUAACUGCUAUUGUAUGUGGGGAAGUGUGGGAUAAUUGAACAGAGUUUAAUGGAAGCAGCAAUAUUUGAGCUGAAUCCUGAAGAAUGAAUAGGAUUUCAAAGAUAUGGAGAAGGCUCUGAAUAAUACUUUCAACAAAUUCAACUAAAAUACUAGAUAAAAUAAUUUUCAAAUGUUGUUUUGCUCCUGUAUUGCUGAGCGCCACAUACACAGGUCUGACAAUUAAGUUCGCGAACUCAUCUUAGAAAAAGUGCUAUAUACCUCCUUGCUGAAUAUCACUACAGUCACCUUCGAUGUCCUCCCCUUGGGAAGCUAUGACCAACACCAGCACCUAGUCCACCCUUCAAAGCUAUUUUAGAACUCUUUUUCUGGAAUAGUCAUCAUAGCUGUCUUCGUAUUAUUCUUGAUGUCCUGAAUGUCAUCAAAAUAUUUUCCUUUCAAUAUUUCCUUUAUCUUUGGGUAAAGAAAAGUCAUUGGGGGUUAGAUAAGGUGAGUACGGAGGGAGUUCCAAUACAAUUAUUUGUUUACUGGUUAAAAACUCCCUCACAGACAGUGCCAUGUGAGCUGGUGCAUUGUCAUGAUGCCAGAGCCAAAAAAAAGUUCAGGUCGUUUUCGUCUAACUU